GGUCCAGAGCCCAGAGGGGCUCGGGAUUGCGGAAGUUUUGUGAAGAGGGUCGGGCGGCCGGAUAGCGCAGUGUUGCUUUAGAACAAAUUCCAGAAGGCAGUCUGCUGCUCGGGGUCCGAAAACCACCAGCUUCCCCGGGCUUGGGGCUGUAACACCGAGGGCUCUUCGACGUCGCCGCUGUUGGUUCUCCUCGUCCCUCGGUCCCCCUCAGGGAACCGCCUCGGAUCUCCGCCAUGGCAUCCACUUCGCCCAACCUCCAGAAAGCAAUAGAUCUUGCUAGCAAAGCAGCACAAGAAGACAAAGCUGGGAACUACGAAGAAGCCCUUCAGCUCUAUCAACAUGCUGUACAGUAUUUUCUCCAUGUAAUUAAAUAUGAAGCACAGGGUGAUAAAGCCAAGCAAAGUAUCAGAGCAAAGUGUACAGAAUAUCUUGAUAGAGCAGAAAAACUAAAGGAGUACCUAAAAACGAAAGAGAAAAAACCACAGAAGCCAAUGAAGGAGGGACAACCGAGUCCAGCUGAGGAGAAGGGGAAUGACAGUGAUGGGGAAGGAGAAUCUGAUGAUCCAGAAAAAAAGAAACUACAGAAUCAACUUCAAGGUGCCAUUGUUAUAGAGCGGCCAAAUGUGAAAUGGAGUGAUGUUGCUGGUCUUGAAGGAGCCAAAGAAGCACUUAAAGAGGCUGUGAUAUUGCCUAUUAAAUUUCCUCAUCUUUUUACAGGCAAGAGAACACCUUGGAGGGGAAUCUUAUUAUUUGGGCCACCUGGAACAGGAAAAUCCUAUUUAGCCAAAGCUGUAGCAACAGAAGCAAACAACUCAACAUUUUUUUCAAUAUCAUCCUCUGACCUUGUUUCUAAGUGGCUAGGUGAAAGUGAAAAACUGGUUAAGAACUUAUUCCAGCUUGCCAGAGAGAACAAGCCUUCCAUUAUCUUCAUUGAUGAAAUUGAUUCUCUGUGUGGUUCAAGAAGUGAGAAUGAAAGUGAAGCUGCACGUAGAAUUAAGACAGAGUUUCUAGUUCAAAUGCAAGGGGUUGGUGUGGACAAUGAUGGAAUUUUGGUUCUGGGAGCUACAAAUAUACCCUGGGUUCUGGAUUCUGCCAUUAGGCGAAGAUUUGAGAAAAGAAUUUAUAUUCCUUUGCCCGAAGCCCAUGCCCGAGCAGCAAUGUUUAAACUGCACUUAGGGACCACUCAGAACAGUCUAACAGAAGCAGAUUUCCGAGAACUUGGGAAGAAAACUGAUGGUUAUUCAGGGGCAGACAUAAGUAUCAUUGUACGUGAUGCACUUAUGCAGCCUGUUAGAAAAGUACAGUCAGCAACUCAUUUUAAAAAGGUUCGUGGACCUUCACGAGCUGAUCCCAACUGCAUUGUAGAUGACCUGCUAACACCCUGUUCUCCAGGUGAUCCUGGUGCCAUUGAAAUGACAUGGAUGGAUGUUCCUGGAGAUAAACUUUUGGAGCCAGUUGUUUCUAUGUCGGAUAUGUUGCGGUCAUCGUCUAACACAAAACCCACAGUCAAUGAACACGAUUUGUUGAAAUUAAAGAAAUUUACAGAAGAUUUUGGCCAAGAAGGCUAAACCAAAGACAACAAGGAAGAUGUUUAUUAUAUGUAUUCUUUCUUUCAUAGAUAUUUUUGUCUUUCUUGGAUGGCGUUCAGAUUAUUUCCAGUAAAACUCUUUUACCACAGGGAAAUA